CGUCCUCAGAGCUCAGUAAAAAUUAUGCAUUUGAGCAGAAUACUACUAAGCAAGUAAAAAACCAGGCAGUAAAACCAAAAAUUAAGUGCAAUUUUCAAAAAGUUCUUACCAAGAACUGAACCAAUUCAAGCAAAGGAAGGAAGGAGAAGAUUAGGAGGCAAUGAGCAAAGCUACAGAUCAGUAAACCAGCAAGAUGCCUAACCAAUUCCCAAUUAAACCACCAGCACAAAUACCCUGCGCACACUGGAAUCACUUUCCCAUGCAUCCACGCGUGAUGAUUGCAUUCAGCAGCAUAAUCAAAGGCUCAGACAGCCCAUUACCGCCGCCACCAUCACCAGGGUCGUACUCCUAUUGCAGUGCCUGCAAUGCCAUGCAAAAACUGUGUAUAAAACCUCAGCGCAGCGCACACGCACAGACAUAAAAGUAUGUAAAUAAAUACCUACUUCGCAAAAACCGUUCUUGCCUUGUAAUUGGGAAAAGUUGAUUGCGGAAGACAAUAAAUAACGGAAAUAAGGAGCGCAUACGGUCAUCAAGAAGCAGCAGAAAGGCGCAAAGAAUUUAACGAGUCAAUUACUUCUCCUCAAAAGCGGCUAUAUCGAAUUUGACAAACAAUUCCAAAUUUAUCUACUUAGAUGUAAUUUAAAAAUAUAAAUUUUUACACCUACCUCAACGUGUAUAUCGGGCGCGUAACAAUUAGGUUUAGAGGGCAACAGCUAAAAUGCUUAGGAGUUCGCAUUGUUGUGUAGCGAGUAGUACGAGCAUUAAAGUACUUAAAUCGAUAUAAACAGCAUAAAUAUAAGUAUAAUUUUUAUAUACCGUUAUAAUGACGUGACUAGAUAUUUACGUGUACACAUGUACAUACAUACAUAUACAUAUUUAACUACAACUAUAGGGGGUUUCCAUAUAUAGGGAGUGGGAAAAGUCACGAAAAUCUUAAAAGUCUCGAAAUUUCAAUUGCACUGUAAAAAUAUAUGUGCAUAUAGAAAAUAAUUUCGAGUUU